GUUCAAAUAUUCAAAAACUCCUCUGUUUUUGCUCUUGAUUCUGUUAUAAAUUUUUACUUUUACCCAAAAUAUGACAACUAGAACAGUAGAUUUUAACUCAACAGCCUAUGCUAAGACAAAGAGCUUCAUCGCAAAAGAAAAUGUUGCAUCCAUAGCGAGAGCCAAAGAAAGUAGGAAACAAGUUUCUGUUCCACCUUCAGGGGUAAAAAGUUCGUGGACGCCUCAAAAACAAGAGUUGAAUGAGAAGUUGUUUGAAGAAAGGAAAGAAUUGGUCGGUAACUGGUUUGAUAGAUGGUCAGACCCUCAGAGAAGAACCGUCCUAGAUAUCUUGGUAUCCAAGUGCAAGCAACCACAGUUACAAUAUAUCUUCUCCUUACUUGAUGCCCAUAUACCAGUAACCCAUGUAGACUUCACAAGGAAGUUACCAAGGGUGAUAACAGUCUAUAUAUUUUCAUAUCUGGAUCCUAGGAGCUUAUGUCGGUGUGCUCAAGUUUGUUGGUAUUGGAAGUAUUUGUCUGAGUUGGAUGAAAUAUGGAUGCCAAAAUGUCUGAAAUUCAACUGGGUGUUGCCAUUUGUUCCGAGUCCAUUUGAGCAUGGUGUUUGGAAACGCCAUUACCUAGAGUCAGUCAAAGGGCUUCAGUAUGUAAGACCAAAGUCGCCUCCAUCUGUAACAUUCCAAAGUAUUAGUCGAGAAACUGAAAGGAAAAGCCAAAGCCUGACAAACCUAAGUAGUACAAAAAAAGCUAUGAAAAAGGGAAGCAGUACAGACUUACCCCCUUGGAAAGGAACAGACAAUAAACCUAAUGAAAUUAUUAGAAAAGCAUCAAGAGAAGGACCUUUAAUAGGGUGCAGACGAUGCCACAUGUCAACACACACAAAUGACGAUGAGCACAGCCACCCAGAAAACAUUAAGAAGACAAGUACAAUGCCUAAAACAAAACCAAGAAUAAGACCUGCAUUGGCAUCUUUCGCUCCCGAAGCUGAAAGUACAAGUACAAAGUUGGAUUCCCGGACAGGACGACCUGACUGGGCCGUACAGUCCACGAUAUCUCCUGUAACCGCGAAACGUCCUCCGCCUCCUGUUGUAAGACCGUCUGCUGAAGCACUUGGCAAGAGAAGAGAGGCCAGACAUCCACCAUCUCAAGACUUGUUUCCCACUCAGCCCUGGGCAAGACCUCCCGACUACGAUUCAGACGAAAAUUCAAUAUAAUGAAGCACUAAUAAGUUUCUAAACGAUAAUCGUAAAUGUAAAAAUGCGUACCGCCUAAAAUAAUAUUCUAUCUGUAGAUAGUAUGAACGUGAAAAUUGGUGGUAAGACAACAUUAGACGGUAAUUAAAAUUAGUAUGAGCGGGGCGAGACCGGGGAUUUACCUUCUCGUGCACACUAACUACAAACUCUUAGCCGCUUUCCAACGAAAAAUCGAAGGUCGCAAGUUUGAUUAACGGUAGCCAAAACGCCAAACGUUCUGGAGUCGGCAGGUCACAGAAACAUGACAAGGCCGGCUAAAACAGCGUGAAAGCACAGGGAGACGGGAAAUUAAACGCAUAUUUCAACAGUUUUAUCGAUUUUAACAUGGCACUAACGGGUAGCAGCCGUAUCCUCAACAAUUUUAUACAAACAGCAAAUCUUUCUGCGGGAACCGCGAGAAAUAGGUACCUUUUAGGGUUCAUUUUCAAAACGCUCUGUUUUAUCUGUAUAUCAAGAGAAUAUGAAUAUGGCAAGCCAAACAGGACAAAAGUAUGGUGACAUCAAAAUCACAUGUUGAGAAUAAUGCAUCACUGUACGAGAAUAAAAAAUUGCUAUGCGA